AUGUUUUCGAUUUUUGAAAUAUUAGCUUUAACGUCACUAUGCGCUAGUGUCGCUCAAAGUCAAUUCUUAGAGCCAUGCCAUCUUAACGACGAUGUCUGUUUUGAGAAGUCCAUUAACAAAGCCCUGCCUCAGGUCAUGUCUGAAAACAAAGCCCUUGGGGCCGAUUCAUGUGAUCCGUUGAAACUUGACCUAAUUGAGGGCGACAUGCCCGAUAUUAAAUUUAAGUUUUUUUCCCCAAUCACUACGGGAUUCAAACAGUGUGUUGUCAAAAAUGUGAAAAUGAACUUAGAUGCACUUACAAUACACGAGGUUCUAGACUGUCCGAAUCUAGAAACAACUGGCAAAUACGAAAUCUCUGGACGUCUCAUCACUUUACCAAUUGAGGGAAGUGGAGACUUCAAAAUCUCUGCCGGGUCAUACAAUAUCACCCUCGAUUGUGAUUUUGAAACUGUGGUUGGAGAUGACAACAAAGCAUAUCUCUCCAUCAAAUCUUUCAAACAGAAAAACGAAGCAACAUCUCCAAUUUCUUUCGACUUCAAAAACCUUUUUAAUGGACAAAAAGAUCUGGCCGACGGUGCCCUCACUUUUGCUAACCAGAACUGGAAGCAGGUCUCCAGUCUCCUGCAGGAACCUUUAUGGUACAACAACAUAAAGAAAAUACUGUUUAACGUCAACAAAUACUUAAUGACUGAACCCCUUGAUCAAAUUUUCAUAUCAUCUUAG